CCUGUCUUCCAGUUUUCACUUUAACUUUGUGCAUUGAAUUUCUCCUCGCUGCUAUUGUUCUCCUCGCUCACCUCGCUUGCUUGCUUUUAAGUACUCCACCUGCCUCCCCACUUCCUCCCAUUCCUCAUUCAAUUCUUCCCCUUACUCAAUGGCAAUUGCCGCAGCACUCACCGUGCUGGUGCUCGCAUGCUCUGUUUUCCUGGCCGACGCCCGCAUUCCUGGCGUCUACUCCGGCGGCCCCUGGCAGAGCGCCCACGCCACUUUCUACGGCGGCAGCGACGCCUCCGGAACUAUGGGAGGGGCGUGUGGGUACGGGAACCUGUACAGCCAAGGGUAUGGGGUAGAGACGACGGCACUAAGCACGGCGCUGUUCAACUCGGGGCAGAGCUGCGGGGCGUGCUUUGAGCUCCAGUGCACUGACGAACCGAAGUGGUGCAAGGGCGGCAGCAUCGUCAUCACGGCCACCAACUUCUGCCCGCCGAAUUACGCGCUGCCCUCCGACAACGGUGGGUGGUGCAACCCGCCUCGCCAGCACUUUGACCUCGCCAUGCCCAUGUUCCUCAAGAUCGCCGAGUACCGAGCCGGAAUCGUACCUGUCUCUUACCGCCGGGUGCCGUGCCGGAAGGCCGGUGGGAUCCGCUUCACUGUCAACGGCCAUAUGUACUUCAACCUGGUGCUGAUCACCAACGUGGCCGGCGCCGGUGAUAUCGUGCGCGCCAGCGUGAAGGGGUCCCGCACCGGAUGGGUGCCCAUGUCGCGCAACUGGGGCCAGAACUGGCAGUCCAACGCCGUCCUUGUCGGCCAGGCCCUCUCCUUCCGAGUCACCAGCAGCGACCGGCGCACCUCCACCUCCUGGAACAUCUCCCCAGCCAACUGGCAGUUCGGCCAGACCUUCUCCGGCAAGAACUUCAGAGUCUAGUUUAGUCUUUCUGCGCCAAUGCGCCGAACGCCUAGAUUAAUUGCAUCCCUCCUGGUGCUGCACCGACCUUACCUCUCUACAUAUGGUGUCUUAUUUUUUAAUCGUCCGGCGCCAAUCCCUCGGUCUAAGUAGAUGAGAAGAACCUCGAAUUUGCUAUAGUUUUUAGUUGGGUUCUUUUCGCGUGUGGUGUCUUGAUGUCAUCUAAUACUAGCGGCGGUGGUAAUUACGGCAGUAGCAACAGCUGAAGUGGCUGCAGAUCAAAAUGGUUCAUGUAGCCCGCAGCUGCUUAAUAUACAUAUAUCAUUGUCUUAUUGUGAUUGCAAGUUCUAAUUUGAUGUAUUUGAUCUAGUUAAGCUCA